AUGCUCAGAUCCAGCUUGCAGGUGUCUUCCAUCAGACGGCAUAGGCAUGUAGGCAGCAGCUUUAAGAAAUGGCAUGACCUAACCGUUCCGGAGAGACAACAGUUUGUAAACGACUUUGUGGAAAAUUACAAGAAACAAUAUCCUGGUUCGAAAACCAACGUCUCAUUGAAAGGCCUUGCAUUGGAUAUGAAAGGGUUUGGAGAUGCUCCUGCCGUCUUUGGAAUUUUCUACAAUGACAUAUGGAUGUUGCGAAAACAAAAGUACGAGAUGUUAUACACUAAUAUAGAUAAUAGUUACCUAAGAAACAACAUUAAAGAACACGGCAGGUUCAGCCACGAAAGUUUUCAUGAUCUGCUGGUAGAGGAGCACGAAAAGAAUUAG